AUGUCAGAAGACCUUGCUAAGCAGUUAGCUAGCUACAAAGCCCAGCUUCAGCAAGUUGAGGCUGCCUUAUCUGGGAAUGCAGAAAAUGAAGAUUUACUAAAACUGAAGAAAGACUUACAGGAAGUCAUAGAAUUAACCAAAGAUCUCCUUUCAACACAACCUUCGGAAACUCUUGCAAGUUCUGACAGUUCUGCUUCUGCUCUGCCGAGUCACUCCUGGAAGGUUGGGGAUAGGUGUAUGGCAAUAUGGAGUGAGGAUGGACAGUGUUAUGAAGCUGAGAUUGAAGAAAUAGAUGAGGAGAACGGAACAGCUGCAGUCACAUUUGCUGGAUAUGGCAAUGCUGAAGUUACACCUCUGUUCAACCUCAAGCCUGUGGAAGAGGGAAGAAAAGCAAAAGAGGACUGUGGCAACAAACCCAUGUCCAAAAAAGAGAUGAUAGCUCAGCAACGGGAGUACAAAAAGAAGAAAGCUUUGAAAAAAGCUCAGAGAAUUAAAGAACUUGAACAGGAACGAGAGGACCAGAAAGUCAAGUGGCAACAGUUUAACAACAGAGCCUAUUCUAAAAACAAAAAAGGCCAGGUAAAGAGGAGUAUCUUUGCUUCCCCUGAGAGUGUAACUGGCAAGGUUGGAGUUGGAACAUGUGGAAUCGCAGACAAACCUAUGACACAGUAUCAAGAUACCUCUAAAUAUAAUGUCAGGCAUUUGAUGCCUCAGUAAUGGGAAAAAGGUGGAACUUCAUCUCUGCAGGGCUUUACACUUUUUAUCAUUAUAUUUUUCUAAAAGUAAAUUAUUUGUUGGCACAUAGCAAGUAGUCCAUUUUGUCACCAUCACUUUGGCUUCAGCUGAUACAAGCCUUAAAUCUCCAGCUAUUGAUUUGAGCCCCCUAAUCAUUAAACUCUUUGUAGUUGCAUUAAAAUACAUUCUGCAGGUAAAUGCUUUCAUGAACUGCUGUUACCUGUUACUCUGAAAGC